AUGAGUGCUAUUUAAAAUGCUUCUUAAGAAAUUAGAAUUAAUAACCUUCAGACUGAUUUAAAGCAAUUGUCAACAAAUACAAAUUUAUAUAUGCUUUAUUCAAAAGAUGAAAUUGCUUCGUUAAACGAAAAGAUAAAUCACAUAAUUAGUCAAUAAACUCAGAACACUUCUAGCAUAAACACUAUCCAGGAGAAGUUGGAUUAAAGAGUGGAAGAAAUUUUUAUGGAGCAUGAAGCAAGUCUUAUUAAUAAAAUAAAAGGAAUUGAAGAGUAAAAAUUAUUGUAACAUGAGGAAGAAAUUAAAAAGAGAGAAGAAAUGUUCAAUAAAUUUAUGUAGAUGGAUUAAUUAGUAGAUAAAUUGGAUAAAAAAUUUGAAUUAAAGGCCAACGAUAAAUUUAUAGUAAGUACCAUAUAGAACAAUUUAAUAAAUAAUCAAUUGCUUCAACAAACAUUGGUCGAAAAGGCUAUUAAAUUAAUUGAUGAUCUACUAAAACAAAAAAUUGAAGAGAUUCAAAAAUGGACUGAUGAGAAAGUUCAAUAAUAAUAUUACUAAAUAUAAAACUUUUCAACUUAUCUUCGAAAGUCAGAAAGGGUAGUUGAAGAGCUUUAAAGUGCUAUUAUGCUUACUAAAAAUUCUACAAUAGAAUUUGAGAAGUAGUUCACCUAAUAGAUCAAUGAAAUUUCUUAAAAAAACUAAAUAUUUAAGGAAACCGUUUAAAUGCAAACUAAAGGAAUAACUACUCAGAGUACAUAAUUGAAGUAAUAAUUUGAUUAACUAGAAUAAACUAUACAAGGCGAGUUCUAUAAAAUACAAUAGAAGUAAGAAAAUAUUUAAUCUUAAAUUCAAUCUGGGCUUGAUUCAAUGAAUAGCUAUAUACAAUUUUGUUUGAAUAGUUCAGAAUAAAAAAUGCUCACCUAAUAUAGAUAAGAAGAUUAAGACAUGAUGGAAAAGCUUACAAGCUAAUUUGAAAAAUAAUUUAAUCUCAUUCAAGAAAAGACAACCUUUUUAGAAUAGGAAAUAAAUAAUAAGGCCGAAGCUUGUAAUUAGACUAAAGAAAAAUUAAAUAAUUUUUUAAAAGGCUAAUAGGUUCAUUAAAGGUUAUAUCAAAAAAAGGAUGGAAUGCCUCAAUAAAAUUAGAAAUAAAGUACAAAGGAUUAGUUAUUAGUCAUUGACAAUUUAUUUAGAUAUAUUUCAUAGAUAUAUACUUAAAUACAUAAAUCAAUCUAGCUUACAGAGAAUGAUUAAUAUUAAACUAUUCAAGACUCCCGUAGGCAUUCAUAAUCUUAUUCCUAAGUUAUCUUAAUUGCAGAACAAUCAAAUUCAACAUAACAAAUAAAUGUAUCUCCAAAUAAAAGUCCAGAAAGAGUAGAGAAAUUGAUAACAGAAAAAUAAGAUCCAAAAGAAUAAAGAACUUAAAUAUCAUCUGUCGAUCGAAAUUAUGGGGAGACUAAUAAAACUUAUGAUAAAAGUCCAUAUGCAACUUUAGAAAAAACAAACAAAGUAGAAAAAACUGGGGAUGAGAUAUUCAGUGACUCAAAAUUAUAGGAAUCAAAUCGUUAUCCAUUAUUAGUAGUUGGAAAAACUUAAUUAUUGGAUAUAAGACCUUAAUAGGAUCUAAUGUCAUUGUAAUAAAAGGUUAAGAAGGUUCAAGGCAUAUUAGGAGUAGAUUUACUUGGUUAAAGACAGCAUGGUUAUCCUUAUUAAGCUUAGAGAUGCAAUUCAGCUUCUAAAAGACUCCCUAAAAUAAGUUCAAAAAAUUUAAACUUUAGUAUAGAUUGA